AUGAAGAAAGAGCCAGCGUACCGCUCAAUCGUUUCGACCAGCAAGCCCCCGUCCGCUGUCCUGGGCCAACAACAGCAGCAAUCCCGCCAGCAGUUGUGGAGCUCACGGCUCAGAAAUGCAGGCUCGCUCGUCCUCCACCAUGCAAAGAAACAUACCGGCGUUGGCAUUGUCUGUGCUGUCGCUUACUUUGACCCUGGAAAUUGGGGCGUGGACCUCCAAGCAGGAUCCCAGUUUGGGUAUCGCCUCCUCUUCGUCGUCCUCCUCGCGGGUCUCUUCGCUGUCUUCCUCCAGGUUCUUGCUACAAGACUUGGCUGCGUGACUGGGAUCGACCUUGCCUCUCACAGUAGGCUCUUGCUGUACAACCGGCCCAAGCAUACUCUGCUGUACCGAUGGCUGGGUCUCUACCCCCUCUAUAUCCUCGCCGAGAUAGCCAUCAUCGCCACGGACCUCGCGGAGUUGCUCGGGUCUGCGAUCGCCCUAUGCAUGCUCUUCCCUAAGCUCGAGCUCUGGCAUGGUGUCCUCAUUACCGCUUUCGAUGUUAUCUUCAUCCUUGCGAUGGGUGAUCCUCUGCGCGGUAAGCCCGUCAGGAUGUUCGAGCUCCUUAUCGCUGCUAUGGUGUUGGCCGUCUUGAUCUGCAUGAUCGUGAUCAUCUCCAAGGUCGACGUCAACUGGGCGGAUGCCUUCGAGGGCUAUGUUCCCUCCAAGUAUAUCUUUGCUCAGGGUGGAAUCUACACGUCCGUCGGGAUCCUCGGGGCUACCGUCAUGCCACACAGUCUGUUCCUCGGCUCGGCACUCGCCACCCAGGACCGCAUCUCCUGGCGCAACAAGAACAGCCAGCAUGCAGGCCUGCACAGUGUCGACUCCAAGGAAUCGGACGGUUCGCUCGAAGUCAAACCUGCGGAGAAGGUCUCUUUCUUCCGACGCUUCUACGAGGAGUCCAAGGAGUCUGUCAUGGAGGCCUUCCGUAAGCCGCCUUCGAGUAUGUACGCCACCGCAGCGACGAAGCACAGCGAGCGGACGAACAACCCGUUCGAGUUUGUCGCGCACAUAUUUACCAUGGAACGGUGGAUAUGA